UUGGUGAUUGCGAAACUGUCAAUGUCAUCUGCUUAAAAUGAAUAGAGAUUGUGAUUAAUUGUAAAAACACAAUUUUAUUUGGAUAUCCAGUGUUUUCUUUAUAUUUAUUGUGUCCGCAUGUACAGUGUAUUGUGGCUUACUUGGUUUAUUUACUAGUUACGUUGUUCGAAGCUUUUAAAGUGAGCAAAACAUGGAAGAUAUUUUUCAGUGGUGUAGAGAAGGAAAUGCUUUGCAGGUGCGCGUUUGGCUGGAUGAUACGGAGCAUGACAUGAAUCAGGGUGAUGACCACGGCUUCAGUCCUCUCCACUGGGCGUGCAAAGAGGGCCACAUCAAGAUAGUGGAGAUGCUGAUUCGGAGGGGCGCUCGGAUCAACGUCACCAACAUGGGAGAUGACACGCCUCUGCAUCUCGCUGCUGCACAUGGCCACAGACCUAUUGUUCAGUUGUUACUCCAAAACAGAGUGGAUGUGAAUUUCACGAACGAACAUGGCAACUCCCCGCUGCACUACGCUUGUUUCUGGGGCUACAGCGCCAUCGCGGAAGACCUGGUGGUGGCGGGUGCUCUUGUCUCCCUGGCCAAUAAGGAUGGGGACACGCCUUUGGAUAAAACUAGGGGUCAACUUGUUCAGAGACUCCACGAGCUGGCUGUGAAUCAGGGUCAAGACCUGAAGAAGAUCCAAUUCAAAGACCAGUCGUGGCUCGGCCUGAAGACGCGCAGUCGCGACGCCACGCUCUCUCGCCACAAGGGCAUCAACAUCAACGAGCUGGCUCUCCACACGAGGAUCGCCGUCACUCCGUCAGGCGAGACAUGGCGUGGCCGCUGGCAGAAGAACGACAUAGUGGCGAAGAUCAUCGCCGUGCGCGAGUGCACGCCGCGCAUACAGCGCGACUUCAACGAGGAAUUCCCCAAGCUGAGGAUAUUCUCGCACCCCAACAUACUGCCCGUGGUGGGGUGCUGCGUGUCGCCGCCGUCGCUGGUGGUGAUCUCGCAGCACAUGUCGUGGGGCUCCCUGUACGCGCUGCUGCACGGCGGCGCCGGCGCGGGCGGCCGCGUCGUGGUGGACGCGGGCGCCGCCGUGCGCCUGGCGCGCGACGUGGCGGCCGGCAUGGCGUACCUGCACUCGCUGCAGCGUGACCGCGUGCUGCCCACCUACCACCUCAACAGCAAGCACAUCAUGAUCGACGAGGACCUGACGGCGCGCAUCAACAUGGCGGACGCGAAGUUCUCGUUCCAGGAGCGCGGCCGGGUGUACGCGCCGGCGUGGAUGGCGCCCGAGGCGCUGCUCAAGCCGAGCGCCAAGCGCAACUGGGAGGCGGCCGACAUGUGGAGCUUCGCCGUGCUGCUGUGGGAGCUCGCCACCAGAGAGGUCCCCUUCGCGGACCUCUCACCGAUGGAGUGUGGCAUGAAAAUAGCCCUAGAAGGUCUCCGCAUAUCCAUCCCACCCGGCGUGUCCCCCCACAUCUCCAAGCUGGUGAAGAUCUGCAUGAACGAGGACCCCGGGAAACGACCCUCAUUCGAAAUGAUCUUGCCAAUACUCGAGAAAAUGAAACGCUGAGUAAUAUAACUAAACGUACGUACUUCAAGUGUGAAUGUAUGUACAAUAGGCUAGUUGACACUUUUUUUUUAAAUGGUCUUAAAUUGUUCAAUAACGUUUUACAAGAUUUAAAAAAAAAUCAUAAUAUUUUUUCGAGACGUGAUUUUUUUUUAAUUUAAGUUUUUUAAUUUAGUUUAAUUUUUUUUUGACAUGGUCUAUAUUUUAACUGAUUCAUGACGUCUCAUUAACAAAUCCUUUAAAAUAUUAGUUUAACGUGUAGUAACAUUGUGACGUCACAAAAUGGACGUUUUUGACAUUAGGAUUAUUUUUCAAUUAAUAUAUCAUUAACUUUUAUUAAUUAACAUUGAUAUAUUUUAGGCCUACACAAAAAUAAUAUUGUCUAAAUUGAACUUAAUAUGAGUCAACUGCCCUAUUGUUUAAAUAAUAAUUUAAUGUUUAUAUUUUAUGUUCUCGAUUACAAUCUCUAGCUAGUGCCAUUUUCACGUAAAAAUAUAAUAGACUAAAAGUAUAGUCAUUGGGUUCAGGAACAAAAUUAUUGUUCAUGAGCAUAUUGCAUAAACAUUAUAUGAUAUUCAUAGAGAGUCGGAUAAUGCUAUGAAUGAGGCGAACCAUGGUGGGGACUGAUGGGGUGUUUAUUUUUUCCAAGCCAUGGUCCACACUUUGGUGCGUCCAAUAUCCAAUAUGCGCCCAAAAAAUCAAAUUUUCUUUUAUUCUUUCUUUAAUAAAUAUUUGUUCCUAAACCCAAGGACUAGCAUAACAAACAAAUGUUUACAAACUAAAGUGAUAAAUAAUUAUUUUAUUGUACAAAAUAGAAACAUUUUGUGAAGCAUCAUACUGCCAGUAUUUUGUUGUUAGUUGUUAGGAUGUAUUUUUUUUUAUUUUAUUGUAGGAGUAAGAAUAUUUUAAUGACACACAAAAGUUCUUUUUGAUAAUGUAAUAGUAUAAAGAGUCAUUUUUAUGGUAGAAACGUGAUUCCAACAAGAAAACAUUGUUCAUUAAUUUGUUGUUGCUUAAUUCACUAAUAUGUAACAACUAGAGAGUUUGUACAACAAAAUGUAGGUACCCACACUUGAUGGGGUUAUGGGAUGUCAAAUUUCCAUGAUAUAACUGGCUCAUACUAACAGAGCAAAUUAAAUAAAAGCUUGUUAUAAUAUACACAAUAAUAUAGUGGUGCUAAGAAAACAAAUAAUACAUUUUUAUAUAAUCAAUAUACCUAACAUAAUAUAACAAAUAUACACAUUAAUGACAUACUGAUGAUAAUGUAUACGUUUUGAGUAGUUUUUAAGUCAUAUAAAAUUUAAAAAUAACUGUAAAACUGGAAGAAUCUCUUACAAUUUUAUUUCGUGUAACAUUGUCAAGUCAUCAGCAAUUUGUGAAUGUACAAAGGAAAAAUCCAUUUUCAAUUAAUUGAAAGUUCAUACGAAAUAUAAUAAUUUUCAUUUCAUUUGAAAAGGUUGUUAAGUUAAAUUAAAAUAAUUAAAACUAAAAUUAAUAAUUUAUGUUAUUAUUUAUUUUAAAUGGUUGUAAUUGAAGUUGAUUAUAAUUCAAAGAUUUUAUUUUAUAUGCCAACUUUCAAUUUGUGCUAUGCGCUUUUUUACACAGAUGCCAAUUUGCUUACAGAUAUGUGUGUGCCUUGAAUAUAAAGUUGAAUGAGUAAAACUGACUUGUUUAAUAUUUAAUGUUGAUAUUUAUACACUAAAUGCAAAUUAUACUAGAUAUAUUUAUAAAUAAUAAUUAUUAAUAAAAUAUUUUUGAUGUGAAAAAAAUGUUGAAACACAAAAUAAACUAACGUUUUUAUAAUAUACAUAA